AUGCAACGAACUCUUGAGUAAAGGUAAACCACUGAAUAAAUUAGGCGAAAUAACAAUUAAAAUAAUGCAGAUCUUCUUCUUUCAGUUUAUGAAUUAACUGCAAGGUCAUCUUUGUAAAUUGGAUAAAGACCUAGAUAAUAGAGUUAAAGUAGAGAGAAAUAUAAAUUUAAAUAAUGCGAAUAAAAGAAAGUAGAUUUGAUGAGUAUAUCAUCGCCAGGAAGUUAAAAAAAGCUACCUCUUUCACCUUAGUUAAAGUUAUAAUCUCCUAGAGAACCUGGCUUAAUUUUUAAUUUAAUUAGAGCAGCAAAUAAUGCAAUUGAAAAUAAUACUGAUGAUAAGAUCAUUAGAAAUUAUAUGUAGAUUAGAACACAAGUAGAAAUGAGAAUGGUAAUAAAUAAAUAUAAUUAAUAAAUUAGGAUGUUUUAGAAUCAGCAGAUUCAUUAGCAGUAUAAUUAGAAAAGUUUAAAUAAGAAAACGAUACUUUAAGAAAAAGAGUUAGUGAAAACAUUAAUUCACAAUCAUUAUCAAAUCUGGCCUAAUUAAAGAUGCAAUUACAAAAGGCUGAAAAAAAAGCUGAAGUAAAUUAUUUUUAUAAUUUAAAGAGUAGAAAAGUUUGUAUUAAGAAAUUAUAUUAAUUAUUAGAUAAAAGUGAAAAAGAAUUAGAAUUAUAUAAAUCAGGUAAGAAAAGUGCAAAAACAUCAUUUUCCAAAAAAAAUGAAUUAAAUGAAAUAUUAAAUGGUGCAUAUCCAAAAAACAAAGAAAAUAUUCCUGAAACUUAUGAACCAAUGUUAUUAUCUUUGAUUAAGGAUCUAGAUUAAAAGAACUAUGAAGCUAUUGAAAAUCUAUCAAGGAACAAUAGUCUAAAUGGAGAUGCUGAAAAUGAGAAAAACACCCUCAUAUAAAAUUCAUUAAGUAACUACUCAUCACUAUUACAAAGAAUCCUUUAAGCUUAUGUGUGAAUAGAAAGAAGAGAUUAUCAAAUAUUCUGCUUAAAUAUGUGAGAACAAUUAAGAUCUAUGGAAGAAGUUUUUAGAAAUUGAUUUAACAUGUUAAAAAUAAAUAUCAACUCUUAGAUAAGCAAUAUCAGAAUUAGAAACUAAUAUUAAAUCUUAUUAUUAAUAUUUAAAUAAGAUUGGUCAUCACUCAGCAUUAAAAUUCCAAGAUGCUUAUCAAUUUUAAGGAGUUAUUGGUGAUAGUAUAGCAAAAUGGCUUAAAUAAUUGGGAGAAAUCUAAGAAAUCAUUAAUUAAAGAGAAUCAGAAUAAUACGAAUUUUAAUAAUUCUAAGAAACACUUGUAAUGAGAUUAAAAGAAAUUAUCUAAAAUAAUAAAAUAAUUCAUAAAUAAAAUGAUUUCAAGGGUUUACUAGAUGCUAUUAAUGAUAAGUUAUUCAAUUAAUCUGAGGAAAUAUUAAUUAUUAAUAAAGAAUUAAAUAACACACAUAUUAAAACAAAAUAAUAAAUUGAAGAAUUAUAAAGUAAAUUUAAGUUAGAAUUUUCAAAUUAUGAUUUAUAAAUCAAAAAUUAUAAAGAACUUUAUGAUUAACUUUCAAAUACAAAUAAAGAAUUAUUACUAAAAAAUGAAAGUUUAUCAGUUGAAUUUAACAGAUAAACUCAAAUCAGUGUUUCAGCAUUACAAAAUAAGUAAUAGGAAAUUAUAAAUUUAAAUGAGUAAACAAAAAAACUAAAAGAAGAUAUAACUAAAUCAUAAGAUCUUAAAUUAACUUAUAAUGAAUAAUAAACACAAAUUUGUUAAUUAAAAAAAGAAAUAGAGAGAUUAAAUUAAGUUAUUUUAUAAAACUAAUUAAAAUCUACUUAAUAAGAGGAAAGUCUUUAAACAAUAAUUGAAUAAAAUAAAUCAGAAAUAACAAGACUCCAUCAAUUAAUUAUUGAUCUUCACAGUUAAAUAGAGUAAUCUGAUAAUUAAAUAUAAUUAUUAAAAGAGGCUGAAUAAAUUAUUAAAGAUAAAAAUAUAAAAGAUAAUCUUUUAAAUUAAGAAAAGAUUAAAAAAUUAUAAGAAAUUAUAUCUAAUAAAGAAAUAGAGCAUUAAGCUUUGGAAGAAGAAUAUAAAGCAAUUUAAUCAUAAAAUGUAGAGUUCUAUUCUUAAUAAUAAUAAGAUUAGGAUAUGAUUAAAUUAAUGAAAAAAGAUUUUUAAAAGAAUUAAGAACAUUAUGAAUAAAAAAUUAAUGAGUUUAUUAAAUUAUCUGAAAAACAAUUAUCUGAAAUCAGGGAUCUUUCAGAAAAGUAUUAAUAAACAGAAGAAGAAAGAAGAAAUUAAGAUGAAACUAUUUCCAAACUUAAGAAAGAAGUGCAUAAAUAAACAAAUGAUAAUCAAAAACAAAUAAAAACAUUACAAGAUCAAUAAAAAUAAUCUUAGGAUAUUUUAUAAUAAAAAAUAUCAUCUUUUGAAAAACUCAAUGAAUAAAAUCAGAUUAUCAUUGGAGAAUAGAAAAAAUUAUUGCAUGAAUCUUAAGCUUAAUUACAGAAAGUCAACUUAGAAAAUGAAGCAUUAUUGUAGAAUAAUAGUGAAUCAAUGUAAUCUAUGAAGAACUAGUAUGAAUUAUAAGCACUAGAAUUAAAUUAAACUAAAUAAGUAGUACUUGAAUAAUAAGAACUUAUUUAAAAUUAAUAAAUAUUAUAUCAAGAUUCUUAAUAAGAAUGCUUCAAAUAUAAAAAAUAAAUAGAAUAACAAGAAAUUGUUAAUAAAUAAAACUAAUCAGAAUUAAAUAAAACAAUAUAAGAUUAAUCAAAUCUCAUAAACUAAUUAAAAUCUAAUAUUGAAGCAUUUGAUAAGAAGUUAAUGGAAAAAAAUACGUUAAUAGAACAAUCAAAUCUAACUUUAUGUGAGAACUAAGCUAAAAUUGAAUAAUUAAUAUUGUAAUCUAAAGAGCUUAAUAAUGUUAUUGAACAAAAUUAAAAAACAAUUUAAAAUUUACAAUCUUAGUUAUUGAAUGAAUAAAAGUAAUAUGAAAUAGAAUUAUAAAAAUUGAAAAAUUAAUGCUAAAAGGUUUAAGAAUAAAAUAGUUUGGAAACAGAAUCUAGAAUAUUUGAAACAAAUAAAUAAAUCCAGGAAUUGUAAUAAUAAAUCUUGUAAGAAAGAGAUUAAUAUUAAAAUGAUAUAAAAUAGUACUAAAAUUAGAUAUAAAUUAAUUAGAAUAAUUUUGAUUAAGUUUUAUAAUAAAAAGAAAAAUUAGUAAAUCAAGUUAACUAGUAAAUGGAACAAUAAAUUUAAAGAAAGGAAGAAGAAAAAUAAAAUUUGAUAGAAUAAAUUGGAGUAUUCGAAAACAAAAUAAUAUAAUUAGAAUAAAAAAAUAAGGAUAUCUAUUAAUAAUCUUAAUCCAAUUAAUAACUAUAUAGAUAAUUAAUUCAAUAGUUAGAGACUUUAUAAUAAGAAUCUCAAAAUGAAUAAUAAAAAUGGAAAGAAUAACUAUUAUAGAAAGAUGAAAAAAUAAGAAUAAUAGAGAUAAAUUAUAAGUAAGAAGUAAGUAAACUGAAUGAUUAACUAAAACAAACAAGUUUAAAGGCCAAAUAAAUAGAAUAAGAUUAACUAAAAUUAAUUGAUUCUGAAUAAAUAAAAGAUUAAGAGAUAUUAAAAUUGAAAGAAUCAUUAAAAUAGAAAUAAUAAGAAAUUGAUUCUAUUGAUAAAUUAUUAAAUGAUGAAGUUUUUCAUAAUGAAGAACUAAAUGGAAAAUUGAUGUUAGUUUCAAAAGAAACAUCCCUUUAUAAAGAUUAAAAUAAAGAAUUGCAAUCAUAAAUAUCAUAAUAAUAAGAAUAAAAUUAAAAAUCAAUAAACAACUUAACAUAAAAGAUCAAUGAAUAAGAUUCAUUAAUUAGGUAAUUUAAAACUUAAGUGAAAGAUCUUGAAAGUAAAAUGAGUUUACAAUAAAGUGAGAUUAUAUAAUAAUAGUAAGAUUUAUUCAAUAAGAAAUAAUAAGAAUUGGAGAAAAAUUAAAAUGAAUUACUUUUGAUUAAAAAUGAGUAGAUAUAAAAAUAGAAUAAAAUAGAUGAUUAGUCAAAUUAAAUUAAAUAUUUAAAUGAAGAAAUUGAAAAUAAAAAUUAACUUAUAAAAGAUCUUGAAGAUUCAGUAUGUAGACAAUAUGAAAUUAUAAAUAAAAUAAAAAAUGAAAAUAAGUAGUAAUAAGAUGAAAUGGAUAAAUUAUAAAUUCAAAUAAAAGAUUAUGAAUAAUAGAUUUAAAAUUAAUUAGAGCUAUUAAAUAAUUAGUAAAAUUCAUUAAUCAAAUUAGAGUAAGAUAACAAUGAAAAACUAAAUGCUUUAAGUAAAACUUCAAAUUUAUAAGUUGAAUUGAUGUAUUAGAUAUAAUAAAUGGAAAAAUCAUAAAUAGAGAAUGAGAAAGGAAGAGAGGAAUUGUAAGAAAAGAAUGAGAAUUUGAUAGAUAUAAUUAAAACAUAAUAGACAACUUAUCAAUAAUUAGAUGAUUAAUUUUAAUGCAGAGAAAAAGAAUUAUUAGAAUAGGGAGUUUUAAUUGAAUAAUAUUAAUAAUAAGUGUUAUAAUUAAAUGAAGAAUUAGCUAAAACAAUGGAAGAAAAGUCAUAAUAAAACUUAAAGAUUCAUUAAAUGAGAACCAAUAUAGAAAGGAUAUAAUAAGAUUCAGAAAUAAAAAAUAUUUAGUUACAAAAUAGUUAUUUGGAAUAAUAAAAUUAGAAAUAAGAAUUAGAUAGUAAAAUGAAUGAAUUAGAGAAUGAAAAUAAAGAAUUGUUUAUGAGAUUAAAUGAGUUUUAAGAAGAGAAUAAUGAUUUAUUAGAAUAAUUAAGAAAGAGAGAGAAUGAAUAUAGAUUAAAAAUAUUUGAGAUAGGAGAAAAGAAUCGUAUUGAAUAUGAGGAACAGAGUAAAAUAAAUUAAAUAUUAUAACAGGAAUUAUCUAUAUAAGAAGUGAAUGAGGAGAAUGUAAUAAAUGCUUUAGCUUAAAUAAAGAAUGAAUUUUAGGAAUUAUUAGACAAAUAAUCUUAAUAUUCCACAUUAAUAUUUUAAUUAUACUCUGAAUUAUUAACAGAAGAUGAAGAAGAAGAUGUAGAAAAGUAAAUUUAAGUUAUAAGUAAUGAAAUAGUAGGAUUAAUGGAUAUUAGAGAUAAAUAUAAGAAAAUAUAGAAUGAAUUUGAUGGAGAAGGAGAUAUUCUUAUAAAAAUAAAGGAGUUAAAAUAAAAUGAAUAGAAGAAAUAAAAUAAUAAUUUAUAAGAUAUUAAAUCAAUAGAGGCGUAUUCAUAAUUGUUAGAUGGACUUAUGCAAGAAUUCUUACAUAAUAGAGUUAAUUUGACUAUGCAAUCUAUGAAAUCAUUAUUGACUGAAUAAUAAAGAUAAAAUGUUAAUGAUUAUAGAAAAAAGAUUGGGGAAUUAUAAAAUAAAUUAUUAUAAGCUGAAAAAUAAUAAAAAUGCAUUGAUGAUACAAAAUUCAAUUUAUAAUAAUACCAAUAGAUUGUUGAUAAAUCAGAAGUAAAUAUAUAUAAUUUAUAAUAAUAGUAAAAAGCUAUGCAUUAUGAAAUGGAAUGCAAGAAAUUAGUAUAAUAACUUUAAGAAAUAAAAUAAAAAAUGCCUUAAAGAUUGAGUUUAAAUGAUUUAGACUAGGAUUAAUCAGAGUAACAUAGUUUGAAUAUAUUAAACUUUUCAUUAAGAUAAGAAAUUUUGUAUGGAGAUGAUUCAUUUUUUGAUAACAUUAGUUAAAUAUAAGAUGAUGAAGUUCAUAAGAAAUGCUAAUAAUAGAUUGUAAUAAAUUUAUAAUAUAUAUAAAAGUAUAAUUUAGUAGAAGAAUGUUAAUUAUUACAGGAAUAAUUAAAUAUGCAAAGAGAAGAUAAGAAUAUUGAAAUUAAAUGA